UCGCUCCAUUCGUAUUAGUUAAAGUUAGCAAUUCAUAUUUUGUAGCCGGCGGCGGAAGAGGAGGUAAGAGGAUUCGUUUCUGUUAGUGGUUCGAUGGCCGGCGGUUCAGAUGCGGCCGAAGCUGUUACGUUAACUUGCGCACGAUGCGGCAAACCUUCCCAUCUUCAGUGUCCAAAGUGUAUGGAACUGAAGCUUCCUCGGGAGGGUGCUGCUUUUUGCUCUCAGGAUUGUUUCAAGGCAUCUUGGAGCGCUCACAAAUCAGUACAUUUAAAAGAAAAACUGUCUCUGAUCGGGACUGGUAAUUCUGGGGAACAAAAUUCAGAUCGAGCGAGUGAAGGUUGGCUAUAUUGCUUGAAGAAAGGACAAGCAAGAUCGCCAAAACUUCCCCAUUUUGAUUGGACAGGGACUCUAAGGCCAUAUCCCAUAUCUAGCAAGCGAAUUGUUCCUCCUCAUAUAGAGCGACCAGAUUGGGCAGAUGACGGACUUCCCAAAAUUGAGCCAAAUAGCGAUUUCCAACAUGUUGUUGAGAUCAAAACACCAGAUCAAAUUGAGAUAAUGAGAGAGGUUGGCAGGAUUUCAAGGGAAGUUUUAGAUGCGGCUGCUAGAGUGAUUCAACCGGGUAUAACUACUGAUGAAAUUGACCGUGUGGUUCAUGAGGCAACGAUAGCUGCAGGUGGAUAUCCAUCUCCCCUCAAUUAUCAUUUCUUUCCCAAGUCUUGCUGCACUUCUGUUAAUGAAGUGAUUUGUCAUGGUAUUCCUGAUGCAAGGAAACUAGAAGAUGGUGAUAUUGUAAACGUUGAUGUGACUGUGUACUAUAAAGGUUAUCAUGGUGAUCUCAAUGAGACAUACUUCGUAGGAGAAGUUGAUGAAGAGUCCCGACGUUUAGUCCAGUGUACUUACGAGUGUUUGGAGAAAGCUAUAGCCAUGGUGAAGCCUGGAGUUAGAUUCCGUGAUGUUGGAGAAGUAAUUAAUCGUCAUGCUUCUAUGUCGGGCUUGUCUGUGGUCAGGUCAUAUUGUGGGCAUGGCAUUGGAGAGCUCUUUCAUUGUGCCCCUAAUAUUCCCCAUUAUGGAAGAAACAAAGCAGUUGGUGUGAUGAAAGCCGGGCAGACCUUUACAAUCGAACCAAUGAUCAAUGCAGGAGUAUGGCGUGAUCGGAUGUGGCCUGAUGGAUGGACUGCUGUUACAGCUGAUGGCAAACGAAGUGCUCAGUUCGAACACACACUCUUGGUAACAGAAACUGGAGUUGAAGUCCUCACAGCUCGGUUGCCUACAUCUCCCAAGGUGUUUCCAUGGCUGAGCUGAUUAGAUUAUCUUGAAACUCCCCAUUUUUGGCCUCAGUUUCAGAAGACACCAGACUUUCUAAAAACGGCUUGGAAACAUGACACAAAUAAUGUCUCAUAGUAAUGGAACUGAUUUUUGUUUUUAUUUAUUGAAGUUUGCCUAUUUUUGUCUGUUGGGCUUUGAGGGCGAUGAAGCCGUGUGCUAAUGCUGAUGCCCCACCAAUGGCCUAUGUUUAUUUCUCUUUAUCCAUACACCAAAUCACUUUCAGCUUCCCUUUGUUUGUGAUGUCUACUCUUUUAUUUUCUUUCGAGGAACAGAUGCUUUUUUUU